AUGUCGGUUGAUGGCGUUGAGAGAUCUAACACACUGAUAAGAGGUAAUUGUGAAAUUGGUAGUAAAACCUUAAUUACUUUGUUUGAUACUGUUGCGUCACACUCAUUCAUAUCAUUUGAGAAAGCUAGCGAGUUAGGGUUGAAAAUAACUAUGUUGGCUUAUGACUUAGAAGUGCAUACUUCUGCCUCUGAAACUGUUGGGACUAGAUUAGGCUGUCAACAAGUUCCAUUUCGCAUUAAACAUCAAACCUUUGUUCACGACUUGAUUUGUCUGCUGAUGACUGGCCUCAAUCUCAUUUUAGGAUUAGAUUGGUUAUCAAAGAAUCAUAUUCUGCUCGAUUGUUCUGAACGAUCAUUACAAUUUAUGUCGGAAGGGCCAGAAGGACUAGUAGUGGCGAAGGGAUACUAUCUAAAUUCUGUGGUGGUGAGUUGUAGUGGAAGUGAGUGUCAUGGUUUUAUGCUUUUAGCUGCAAGUGUGUUAGGCGAUGAACAGAGUUUGAGUCAGAUUUUGGUUGUAAAUGAAUUUCCAGAAGUGUUUCCUGAAGACAUUCCUAAAGUUUUUCCUUUGCGAGAAAUCAAGUUUGCGAUUGAGUUAGUGCCUGGGGUAGGACCAAUCUCGAUUGUGCCUUAG